AUGGCUGGAAGUGUAUCCGAGAAAGAUACCCGCAGUCCUAUUCCGGUCAACAUCGAGCAGCCCGUCUCGGCAGACCGGACCGAAAAUAGGAAUGAACCUAAACGCUCACUACGAGGACUCCGCUGGUUCCUUGUCUGUAUUGCCAUCUUCUCGGCGGAUCUUCUCUACGGCUUGGAUAAUACCAUUGUGGCCGAUAUUCAAGGAUCUAUCGCAGAGACGUUCGAUGAAUAUACCCAGCUGGGCUGGCUCGGAGUCGGGUUCACAUUGGGCUCUGUCGUGCUCAUCUUGCCACUAGGCAAAGCGUAUGCGGUCUUCAAUACGAAAUGGCUUUUCAUCAGCUGUGUCUCCAUGUUUGCCGCCGGGAGUGCGUUGUGCGGUGGAGCUCCAAACAUGUCUGCUAUUAUUGUCGGCCGUGUAUGGGCGGGUGCUGGUGGGGCUGGGAUGUAUCUCGGGGAUCUGAACCUCAUUACUACUCUCACGACGCCCAAGGAACAGCCGGUCUUCAUUGGUAUAGCGAGUUUGAUAUACGGGGUGGGUUGUAUCCUCGGUCCUAUAAUCGGGGGUGCAUUUACCGAUAGCUCUGCCACCUGGAGAUGGGGGUUCUAUAUCAACCUGAUCGUUUUCGGUAUCAUGGCGCCCGUCUACCUGUUUCUCCUCCCCUCAUUGCCACGCCCGAUGUACCAAGACCGUACGUUUCUGCAGAAGCUCCGGAGCCUCGACUGGAUUGGCAUGAUCCUAUCCGGUGGAAUGCACACCUCCCUCACUCUAUUCCUCGUUUUCGGUGGCGUCGAGUGGCCAUGGGGAGAUGGUCGCAACGUCGCCCUUUACGUUGUCUUCGGCGUCACCCUUGUCUUGUUUCUCAUCACGCAGUACUACACUGUCCUUACGACCAAGGAAGGCCGGAUCUUCCCCGCGGAUUUUCUUCGUGACCGCGCCAUGGUGCUGCUUUACAUCUUGAUGGCGGCUGGGGGUGCCUCCCUCUUCGUCGCCAUGUAUUACAUCCCGCUUUACUUCCAGUUUGUCCAAGGAGAUUCUGGAACCAUGUCCGCCGUGCGUCUUCUGCCCUUCAUGUGCUUUUACGUCGUCACUAUCCUCCUGUGUGGUUACUUCAUGCCCCGGACGGGUUACUACAUGGUCUGGUACCUAGUCAGCGGAAUCUUCAUCCUCGUCGGAGCAGCGUUGAUGUACACCGUGCAUUACGAUACCAAACCGGCUAAUAUAUACGGCUACUCCAUCCUCCUUGGAAUCGGAAUGACAACAACCCAGGCUGCAUACUCAGUGGGUCCUAAGAUUGCCGACCCCAAACGCAUCCCGGAAUGCAUUCAAUUCAUGAACAUUGGACAGGGCCAAAGCCAGCUGCUCGGGUUGGCAAUUGCCAGCGCGAUCUUCCAGAGCCAGACUUCUAAUGGCCUUAAUGCCCUCCUGGCGGAUAAGGGGUAUUCAGAGGCGGAUAUUCAGAGCGCUAUCGCUGGUGCGCGGAGUACGCUGCUGGAGGAGCUUCCGCCGGAUUUGAAGGCAAAGGCGCUGGAUGUCAUUGUCAAUUCUAUUGACAAGAUUUAUAUCAUGGCUAUUGCUGCGGGGGGGCUUUAUAUCAUCGCUUCGUGUUUGCUUCCUAUUCAUAGAUGA